AUGAGAAGAUGUUUAAGAUGAGUGAGAAGAUCUUGCUCCUUUGUGUUGGGGAGGCUGGAGAUACUGUCCAGUUUGCAGAGUACAUUCAAAAAAAUGUUCAGCUCUACAAAAUGAGAAAUGGGUAUGAAUUAUCACCUACUGCAGCAGCAAACUUUACACGCAGAAACCUGGCUGACUACCUCCGGAGUCGGACUCCUUACCAUGUCAACCUCCUCUUGGCUGGCUAUGAUGACCAUGAAGGUCCUGCCCUUUAUUAUAUGGAUUAUCUUGCAGCCCUGGCUAAAGCUCCUUUUGCAGCACAUGGAUAUGGUGCAUUCCUAACCCUCAGCAUUCUUGACCGCUAUUACAAGCCAAGUAUCUCACGUGAGGAGGCAGUGGAACUCUUAAAGAAAUGUCUAGAGGAGCUCCAGAAACGCUUUAUCCUGAACCUGCCUUGUUUCAGCGUUCGUUUAAUUGACAAAGAUGGCAUCCACGAAAUGGAUAACAUCCCCCUUCCAAAAGCAACAUCCUAACCCUGGGAUCGUUCUUCAGCAGUCUUUCAGUUUCCUUCAGGUCUUUUGUUUUUCUACUCAUUUGAAGUGCACAAUUCAUGUACUGCACUGGGAUAAUUCAAAUAAAGAUUGACAUUUAUAUAGCCA